UCAAGUCGCUUUAUGAUGACAUCACAACUCUUCGCCUUCAAAUUUCACGACAAAACAGUGAAAGUAGGCGAUAAUUCUAAGACGGCAGUAUUUUUUUUUUCAGUAAGUCAUCAUAUUUUUCCUCGCGUAAACAUUCGGGGAGGUAAUAAUUACAUUCCGUGACGAAAGAAGUGCGCAAAAGACCCCGGGCUACAAGCUAAAUUCCUAAUUCACGUGCUUCGCGAAACUUUGUUUAUUAGCCGCAUGGCUGUUGGUUGGAUGAAGCUCGAGUUUUCUCGAGUUCUCCAGGGAGGUAGCCGCCUGGGUGUCCUGAAGGGGCUCGGCAGGACCGGGCAGCACUCCCUGGAGGUACCGGGCUGUCUGCUGUACAGUCGCUGCGGAACAGUGCCACACCUGACCCAGGAUACGUUGCACAACCUGGAUAAGCUUCCCUCUGUCACUCAGGUCUCACUGGACCAUUUAGCAGAGCACCAGGAGGUGUUGGAGGAAUUCAAGGAAGGAUUUAAGAAGUUUUCAGGUCUUCAUGACACAGUUUUGUUUUGCACACUGAAUGACCCUGCGACCCCAAGCCCCACUGGCUACACAACUAACAAGACGGUGUCCGUAUGGGGAAGCGGCGGGCGCAUCGAGCUGACGGCAGCCAAAUUUAUGGCCCUGCAGAAAUUGCUGCAGCCCGACUGCUACGUGAGCAUGGCCGACGGCGAAACCUGGCAGGACAACACCUCCCGCAAGAGGGUCCGCAAAUCGGUGGAGCGGACCCUGGCUCACUUGGAUGAGUGUCUGCUGGUGCACCAGGCGUCGCAGGAGCUGGAGGGAGCGGCGCUCUUCGGGGUGGUGGAGGGCGGGGACGUCCCGGAGGAGAGGUCGCGCUCGGCCAGGGAGACGGCCAAGCGGCCCGUGGCGGGCUUCUGCCUGGACGGACUCCAGUCGGGUCGCCUGAACGGCGCCCUGAGGAGCCAGCUCAUAGCCGCGGUCAUCAAGGAGCUGCCUGAGGACAAACCCAGGCUUCUGCAGGGUGUGGGUCGACCAGACGAGGUGCUGGCGUGCGUGGAGGCCGGCGUGGACCUGUUUGAGGGCUUCUUCCCCUUCCUGGUCACUGAGCGAGGCUGUGCCCUCUGCUUCCGCUUCGACACGGCAAUCGACCCGGAGAGCGGCGAUGGGACGCCCCCUUCAGAAAGCACAGCAGAACCGAAUGGAGAUCACCAUCCUGAUGACCCGACUCGCAUGACCUCCUUCGAGAUGGAUCUCAAAGACAAAAGGUACCGAGACGACUUCCGGCCCCUGGUGGAGGGGUGUGGCUGCUACUGCUGCCAGAACCACAAGAGAGCGUACGUGCACCACCUGCUGGCCACCAAUGAGCUGCUGGCAGGGGUUCUGCUCACGCUCCACAACACGGCGCACUAUCUGGCCUUCUUCGCGGCCCUCCGAGAAGCCCUGGCUGCCGAUAAAGUGGACUUCUUGAAAAGGCGGGUCCUCGGUCAGACGGAAACAAGUACCUAAGGAUGGAAUGGAAUCAAAUGGAAGAGAUAGAUUGAGCCCGGAGGAGAGGUUUGUGUGAACAAUCAACCCGGGCUCUUUUUGUCACGGAUCAGCAGAUUGACUCUGCCUCCAUAUGGAGGCAAUCAAAAAGUUAAGGCUAGGUUAUCUUCUUUCUUCUUGCUGGCGUCCCCGGCAAGUACCGCAACUUUGUCCACAUGCUCUCCAUGACGUCUUUUGUUUUUGUUUUUUUUUUUUUUGCAGUGUACGGUAUUGAUCGCAUUUGUACAAAUGGUGGGGAUUACUAUCGAUUGCCCUCGCCUCUUGCACUGUACGGUACAUGGAAGGUGAAUCAUGUCUUGGAAUCAAAGUUUGCCCCAGUGGCCCCUCUCCUUAAAAAUUGAAUUUGUUGCGUUAUCACAAAAUCGAUAAGAUAAGAAAACGUUUAUUUGUCUCACAAUGGAGAAAUUCGCAAAUUCGAAAUUGCAUUCAUCUCUUCUAACACCCCAAAACCCAACACAGUCUUCUUUGUUGAUAACAUAACACACCAUAUUAUUGUACAAAAAAAAAAAAACUUACUGUAAUAACACGACGAUUAAUUAUUGUGCAGUUCUUGUUAUGCGGCCCUUGGCCACUUGGGGGCAGUAUAUUACAGACAGGGUUACCUAUGGUGACGGUCACUCAGUGAGAAGCAGUCAUAUUUGUCGUUUUUCACAGAGGAUAAAUAAUACAUGUGCGUCAAUACAAGGUUUGAAAUAUAAAAAAAAAUGUUUUUGUUUUUCUUUUUUGGUCCCUUGCGUCAGCAGCAUUUUCUGCAAUUUUUUUCAGCACAUCAAGCGUGAAUGGUGAUUUUUCGUUGGCCCUUGGGGUUGGACUCGGCACCGUUCUAGCUUGUUAUCAGGCCAGUAAAAAAAAUUUCCAUGAGAAUUUGUUACAAAAUGGGUCAAACUUUGAUUUAUGUUGUCGGUGUCGUGGUUGACAUUACAAAACCGUAAUUGUUUUGUCAUGCUUUUGUUCUUGUUCAUCCGCAACAAAAUUUAGAUGCUAGCUGCUCUUGUGGCUCUCAACCGAUGUGUUCAAAAUGUACUGGACAGUCCACAAUCUGUGUAUGCCUGGUGACAUCCAAAUAUGCGUCAUUAUUAUUAUUAUUAUUAUUUUUUUUUUAUAAUUGAGAAAUGUUUGACCUUUUCUCAACGUGCACAAUCAAUAAAGCAUGAAGUGUCAUACUC